AUAACAAAUUGAUUUGGUUGUGUGGAAACAAAAUGUUAAGUUUUCCAGAAUUGAUAAACGUGAUCAUUGCUGUAUCAGUGUUGCUUUUAGAGUCUAUCGCUAGAGUUAUCGCACAUCUUGUUCGCUUUUUGGUGCCUGAAGCACUUACAAAAAGUGUUUUAAAACUUGUUUCCUCAUAUUUUCCUUUCAAGGAUGGCCACAAGCAAGACCCAGUAUUGGAUAUGGACUGUGCUAGGCUCAUCCGCUAUAGAGGUUAUCCUGUAGAACUACAUACGGUAGAAACUUCGGAUGGAUUUUUUAUUACACUUUUUCGUAUACCGAAUGGUAGAGCCAGUAUAGAUAGGUUGCCUGACCAGAAAACAUUGUCAAAUAAGCAUCCCGUUUUCUUUAUGCAUGGCUUCUUACAGAGUUCUGAAGCUUGGGUGUUGAGAGACUCGAAAGGCUGCCUUCCCUUUAUUUUGGCGGACGAAGGUUAUGACGUGUGGUUGGGUAAUGUUAGAGGUAAUCGAUAUGGAUACAAACAUCGAUAUUUUUCUCCUCGUUCUCGACAAUUUUGGAACUUUGGAAUGGACGAAAUGGCUCGAAUUGACCUUCCCAUACAACUCGAAUAUGCUAGGAAAGUAUCUGGUGCUUCCAAAAUAACCUAUAUUGGUUUUUCACAAGGGACUGCUAUUGCUUUUGCUGCAUUUUCUGUUCUUCCUGAUCUUGCCUCGAAGAUUUCACUUUUUGUUGCCUUGGCGCCUUCUACGAGAGUUCAUGGACUUAAGAACCCUAUAAUCGAAUCCUUAGUGGCAUGUGAUCCCAAUAUCGUCUAUUUGAUUUUCGGAAGAAGGAGAUUACUAAGUAUAGCACUAUUUUGGAGACGUAUAUUACCACCUGAUAUGUUUUCACACGUUAUUGACAUUUCCACAAGACUACUGUUUGGUUGGAAAAGUGAAAAUUUGUCAACUAAAGAGAAACCGAGACUUUAUGCCCAUCUUUAUUCUUAUGGUUCAGUGAAAACUAUGGUUCACUGGUUUCAAGUGAUUGUAAAUAGUCGUUUUCAGAUGUAUGAUGAUCAAGAUGCAGUAACCAAGAAGAAGUAUCCUGGACAUUUACCUCCACUUUAUCCAGUCAAUCAGAUUGGUUGUCCAGUUGCCUUAUUCUUUGGUGGAAGUGAUCCGUUGCCUGAUACAGAGUGGCUGCUUCAUGAAAUAAAUGAGCCAGUAUAUGUUCAUUGUCAAGAGGAAUAUGAACAUUUGGACUUUCAAUGGGCGGCAUCUGCACCCAAACUUGUAUAUCCAAAGAUAGUAGAACUUGUGCAUGUACAUGGAAAUAAGGAAACAAGUUGAGUUUGAAUUUUGUUUAUUUUGAUAAUAAAUUCAGAUAUGAAAUG